AUGCCGGGCUCCGAUCGAGUCUCGCUGAAUCGCCGUUCCUCUACGCAACAUUACCAGACCUUUGAUACCCCUCCGCCCAAGUCGCGUGGACGACCGAACUCGGGCCAGUCCGAGUCCUCAGCAGAUGGCUCACACGAUCACCACCAUGAUGCCGCUGAUCACCCAGGAACACAAUCACCUUUGCCAAAAAGGCAGAUGGCCGUGCUAGCCAUGAUUGCCCUGGCCGAGCAGACUGCGCUGAACUCGAUCAGUCCUUAUCUUCCCGACAUGGCAUCGACAUUUCCCGAGGUGGAGCCGAGUCAGGUGGGUGUAUACGUUGGAACUAUUGCAUCUGCAUUUGCACUCGCACAAUUUGCUACAAACUAUUUCUGGGGCUGGCUCUCGGAUCGUGUUGGUCGCAAGCCGGUGAUCCUACUCGGCACAUUCUUGACUGCUUUGUGUUUCGUCGCAUUCGGGUUCUGCAGGACCCUAGGACAAGCCAUCGCAGUGCAGGCACUGAUGGGUGUAGUCAAUGGCAACCAGGGACUGGUAUCUACAUGCCUGGGAGAAAUCACCGACCGCAGUAAUCAGUCACAGGCUUUUACUUACCUUCCUGUUCUGUACGGAAUUGGCGGUAUAACCGGUCCUCUUCUGGGAGGGCUUUUUAUCUUCGAAACAAAUCCCUUCACCGGAAACAAAAACCCCUACCCAUACCUUGCGCCUAAUCUCGUGGCUGCCGUCAUUCUUCUGAUUGACUUCGCGCUGACAACUCUUUUCCUCCAAGAGAGCCUGGAAGAUGCAGAGAGUAUCCCAAAGAUUGGAAGAAAAGUACGCAGCCUUUUCACCUGGCUCUGGCAGUUUACCAGCUCUUCUCGUCGGCCAACAUAUGUGGCAGCUCCGCAGGGGGUUCCAUAUCCCCAUGACCACCGUGGCACAGAACAGGAAGACCAUGACAGUGACCUAGAUUCUGCAUCGGAGGUGUCUAGCCUGCUCGGACACCACGAGGAACUUGCUUGGGAUGAAAUUUUCACCCGAGAUACUAUAUUGCUUCUCUUGACUUACCUGAUUUUUGCCUUUUGCAACGUCUCUUUCAAUUCCUUGUUCCCCAUCUUUGCACAAGCUAAACCACCGGCGGGACGAUCACUCACCCCGUCUGAGAUUGGGCUUUCGCAAGGAUUUGCUGGCAUCGUGACCAUUAUUUUCCAGAUCUGCAUCUUCAAUCGCCUACGCGACAAGAUGGGCAAUAGAUGGUCUUACCGCGCGGGGCUUUUUGGCUUCGUCAUCUCAUUUAUCUUGAUGCCUUUCAUCGGGUACAAGAGCUCAAAGACUGAGAAUUUGACUGGCAAGUCCGCGCUCAUGGCUAUAGAAUUGUGCUUUGUCUUGUUAGUCAAGACUAUAGCCUCCGUGGGUGGCUUGACUAGCGCUUUGCUCUUGAUCACCAACUCCGCCCCCAACAAUGCCGUCCUGGGUGCGCUCAAUGGUCUUGCUCAGACCCUCUCCGCAGCCGGACGAGCAGUCGGCCCAUUCCUAUCCGGAGGACUUUUCUCUCUAACGGCGAAGGUCCAACCCAAAGGCGAGGCCCUAGCAUUCGGAGUCUUUGGUGCCGUUUCCUUUGUUGGAUUCAUCAUGAGUUUCGGAAUUCGAGGCCGAUCCCUCGAAGCAGACGGCUGGGGCGAGGAGAGUGACGAUGAUGGAAUUGACAAGUCGGACGACGACGAGCCAAGUGCCCCUUGA